AUGGUGAAGUUUAAAUUGAUUGUGGAAAAUCCAGAUAAACCUGUUGCAUCUGGUCUUCAAGUUACAGCUUCCGUGGAAUACCAUCCGGACAGUGAGAAAGACCUUCAAGAUAGAUUACUCCUUUUGGUAGAAAAAGAUAUAAUUGAGAUCCCUCUGAUAGGAUUAAUUCCAUGUUGUUAUCUGGAAAUUGAACCGGAGAUUAAUUUUGGCACAGUGAUUGCAAACAGUAAAGUAAUUAGUAAAGAGAUUAGUAUUACUAACCAUGGAUCAUCUCCAGGUGCAUUUAAAAUAGACUAUAACAGAAGUGUUCCUGUUAACAUAGUACCUACCAGUGGAGUGGUGGAACCCAAAACAUUACAGUUGGUUAAAGUGGAUAUCUGUACAGAUAUACCAAGAGUCAUUAGGGAAGUGGCAAAAGUGGAGCUGCAGGGUCGUGGUAUCACAAAUGUAACGAUAGAAGCUCAUAUAGUUGAACAGGUUCUUGAAUUAUUAGGUAUACCUUAUGGAAACACACUAGAAUGUAUUCAUUUUGGAUCUGUCUAUUUUGGAACUUCAAAUACUGAAAAAGUGAUUUUGUACAAUAAAAGCCCAGAGACCAUGAAGUGGGUGGCAGUGCUAGAGGACGAUGCUGUUGGAGGAGAGAUGGGAACACAACUUCAGAAGAGUACUGAUGCUAUUUUACAAGAAGUGAACUUCAUAAAUAGAACCAAAGAGCUAGAUGUUUCAACUUUAAUCUCCUGUAUUCCCAACCAAGGAACCUUACUACCUUAUCAGAAAAUUCUGAUUACGCUGUGCUUUAGUCCAAAGCAGUUUAAAAGAGAUGUUGGACUUAAUGAAUUUCCACCUAGACAAGAUUAUGCACUGUUUUUGAGAUUUGAGGCUUUAGGGAGUAAAGAUGGCUUUCUGCGGGCUCUGAAUAGUGACAACAUACUCAUCAAAGAGACUCAUCCUCAUCAUGUGGAGUUGGCUUUGACAGGCUCAGGGCUUCCUGUCAUGUUAACUUUCAGUCCAGGACCAAUUGUUAAUUUUAUGGACUGUUUCAUGGGUGAACACACAGAGAUUAUAUGCACACUCAGAAAUGAAUCAGAGUCACUUCCAAUAAUAUUCAGCUUCCACAAGACAGCACAUUUUAAUAUUUGUCCUGAAAAGGGGAAAGUUAAAGAAAAAUGUACAAAGGAUGUGAUGUUUUCAUUUGCUCCGCGUCAAGUAGGAACCUUUAAAGUGAAGCAAGUUGUAGACAUUUUUGGUUCAGUGCCAGAGGAAGAUAACUUAGAGUCUUUGAAGAUCAAACCAUUUCAUCAAAUACAUUUAAGUUUUACUGGUGUAUGCAAACCUAAACCCAAGAAAAUUAUGUUUAAAAUCAACCCUGGCAUAACACCAAUGAUUACCAAUGCAACUGGACAGCUGGUAGCUGAUGAGAUUGGACGAUUUACUGAUUUUGCACCAGUAGCAAUGCUUCGAUCAGCUCAAACACAGAUGCAUACUCACCAGAAAAAUAGGGACUGCAUGAGUGAUGCACUUAUAGCCUUUCCUAAUGAUCGCUCAGCCAGCAUUAGGCCUGGUGAACGACAUAAAAAAUAUAGGACUAUUUUUACGAAAGCUGACCGAUAUAAUUAUGUGGAUCCAGAUUUUGCCUAUGCUGACUAUGAAGAACUGGAAAAGCAAGCAAAUAAGCAAUACUAUAUAGAUUUUAUUAGAAAUUUAAGACAGCGUCGCUUACAAAAAGAAGCUACUAGGCAAUAUAACAGUCUUAACAAUCCUGUGAACAUAGGCCUAAAACCAGCUUCAGGGCUCAGGUCACCAAAGAUCACAAUCUCAGAUUUAUACAAGGAGAAACAGAAACUAGAAAUAACUCCUUUAAAGGCGGACUGUCUGCUAAGUAGUCGAAAGCUAGCAGCACUUGAAUCUAAAUCCUUAAACAAUGAGGUUUGUGAUGGGCUUAAUGCUGUGCCAUCUUAUCCACAAGAGAAGGAAGAUUGUAGUAUAACUUUGACACCAAAACAGCUUUAUCAGAUACUCAUUGGGCCCUCCACCAUAGACUUUGGUGAAGUUUGUGUGCACUCCUCAUCUAUGAGAAAAAUGCAUAUAAUCAAUAAUCUGUCUGUGCACAUCUGGAUACAAGUAGAAAUUGAAAGUGAGGAGCUACAACAGACUAGUCCACUGUCCCAUGUGUUGCCACCUCUUUCGAAGACCUACAUUCCAGUAGUAUUUGAGACUAAUGCCUUGGGGAAAUUUCAAAAGUCUUUCACUUACACCAUAAACAGCAAACAUACUGGGCAUGUGCUGGUAGUUGCAAAAGUGGUGCCAGUUGCCCUUGAGUUAUCUGCAAGGGAGCUGAUUCUAAAUCCUACCCCUGGUUUCCUUGUGGCAACGGGCUACACAACAACAGUUAGAAUAUGCAAUCACAGAAAUUAUCUUGCAGAAUUUAGUUGGAAACCUAUAGUUACAGAAAAAGGAAUAGCAUUUUCUAUACGGCCAGCCAAAGGUAUUGUAGAAGCAUACUCAGACCUGGAGUGUGAAGUGGUUUGGCACCCAAAUUUCUGCUCCUCAGAAACAGGAGAAUUCAACCUGUGUGUACGUGAGGGAAACACAAUAAAGCUAAAAUGCGUUGCAAAGGUUGGACCAACCAGUGUUCAGUUUAUGGAACAAAGGAUAUCUUUCCGUUGUGCUCCUCUAGGUUUAACUACUUGCAAGAUUGCCAUUCUUCAAAACACAGGACAUAAUCAUGCAUACUUCCAGGUUCUUGAUUCGAACCCCCUGCUUGGAAUGACUAUUACUCCUUCUCAGGGGGUAGUACCUGUUGGAGGCCACACUGAUCUCAAAAUCUACUUCAUUCCCAAUGCAGUAAUGAAAUUUGAUACCAGAGUGGAGGUAGCAAUCCGCCAUGGAAAAGUAUUGGAACUUAGGAUUGGUGGAUCUGUAGAGGCCCCUGAAAUAGGCAUUAAUGUAGAAUCCUUUAAAUUCAAUGGUGUUUAUGCUGGUUCCACCCAAGGAAUUCCCUUUUUGCUUCAGAACAAAGGAGUAGCACGUGCCAAGGUGGAGUUUGAUUUAUCCAAGUACAAAGACUUUACAUUGACCUUCCAAGACCAGUCGGUGGUUGAUUAUUAUCCUUGGAGGCCAUAUUUAUAUUCUGUGGAGUUAGAAGGGAAGUCGACAUUGCAAUGUUCAUUGUAUUUCACGCCAACAGAAGUGGCAGCAUAUGACUUCAGUCUUCCAAUAAACAUUAACAGUGAAGUUCCAUCUUCUCAGCAAACCUCUACAGCUACGACACCUUGUGGGUCAGGAAAGCAUAUAAUUGUUCCUCGUCCUCAAAUUGUGACUGUGACUGUCCCAUUAUGUACAGUCCAAGCAACGGCACUGCAGCCACCACUUGAGUUCUCCACUUCACAGCUGAUAUUUGAGUCAAGAAGCAUGCAUUUAGGUAUUGCUGAUGAACAUCAAAGCACUCAGAAGUUUGACCUGAAGAAUAUCUCGAGGCAACAGGUGACGUGGAAAUUAGAUCUUGAUGGUGGAGGCAAAGCAAUAGAAGAUGGGAUUUUUAAAUUCAGUCUGUGUGCUGGAGUUCUUGAUGCAGGAGAAAAAACUAGUAUCACUGUAGGCUUUUGCCCAUCUUGUCCUGGGACAUAUGGAGCUGAAGUGCCAAUGUUUCUGAAUGAUAAUACAUCUCAUUACAAACGGUUAACUCUGUCUGGUACUCUCAAGUCACCCAGGAUAAGCUUUGAUCCCCCGCUUUUGAUAUUGGUGCCAGUUCCUCUGGAUAUGAAAACAGAGACAUAUGUCAAUAUCAUUCCAAAAGACUACUCAAGGCCGUCAGCAUUACAAGUUGAAGUUCCAGUGCUUGAAUUUGAAGAUGGUGAAAGGAUUAAUCCCCUUUCUGUGCAGUUUCCAAGUGGCCAAAUUAUUGCAGUUUCACCAGAAGGGAUAAAUGUAGGACUCACUUGUUAUAUCAGCUUCAGGUCAUCUAGGCCAGUAUCAUUUUUAGGAAACCUAUUCUUCACUGAUGAUGAAAAAAACAGGUUCUCACUUCAGGUUGCUGCAACAGCAGAGAAUUGCCUUCUUACCAUAUAUCCAUACUUGAUGCUUCACCGCACAGACCAGCAAAUUAUCUUGACAAGUGGUAAGGGUAGUGAAUGUUUCCUCACUUAA